AAGGGGGAAAUGACUGUCACGUGGUUCUGUCAGCUUCCUGUUUACCUCCUGUAGUACUUUCAGACUUUAGUACACAGAUAGUAAGUCGCUGUCCUUCACUACAGUGACAAAGGUAGGCAUAAGGUCCUGUAGCCAGAGAAUGGCGUCUGUACAACUUUAAUCCAUCUACUUGUCAUGGACGUGGAUACUAAGGAGACAUGAAAACGUGACAUUAUGGAGACGUGAAGAGGCCGUGAAGGAGAUUUCCUGACUCCGGCUGACAGGACUCCAGUUAGCUGGUGUACCGUGUAUCAAAUUGCCUUGUUUCGGAAACGUAAAAAAAACCAUGGUGAUGUGGGGAAGGACUACAGAUGUUUGGAAUUGUGUCUAAUGAGUAUUCGAGGGGAUUGAGCUAGUGGAAACCAACAACAUACGCCUGGGAAUCUGAACUAGCCUGCUCGCUAGUCGUGCUAAUACGGGUAGCAGCAGCCGCCGAGGAGGGAGUGGCUGGCUGUGCGGGCUGCCUAACAACUUCUGUUUGGAGAGUGGAACAACUCGCCGGUGCCCUGAAUUCAGGAAGACUCCCCGGCCCAGGCCCCCUCAAGCGGGCAGUCAGGAAGAAGCUGGCUGGGAAGGGAUGGCCUGGUCGGUCUUCCCGUUCCGAAGGACAGGGCUCUGCGGUGUUUGAAGGAGGCCGAGUACGGCUAGACGCCACUGCCGCGGCUCGAGGCGCUAUGAUGGCCGCCUUCUCCUCCGCGGCCGGCAGCUUCACGGCCUCCGGGCUGUCGGCCAGAAAGAGCGAGGAAAUAGCUGAUUUGAUAGAUUUAUUUUCCAAGACGCAAUACAGAGCAAAGGAAGUCACUCCUCGGGUGGAGGCAAUCGAGAAUCGUUGUCUGGAGUUAUUUGCCAGAGAUUACAAGUACAGUGUCAUCCACAACCCCAAUGGCGAAGUGUGUGGUCAUUAUCCCCGACAGAUAGUUUUUCUGGAGUAUGAAUGCACAGAUGUCGACAGAGACAGGUUUGAGAGCACAGUGCAAAUCAGUAAGCUGCAGGACCUAGUGAACAGGAGUAAGCUGGCUCGCUGCAGAGGGAGGUUCGUUUGUCCUGUCAUUCUCUACAAUGGCAAGCAUAUUUGCCGGUCAUCAACUCUGGCAGGCUGGGGGGAGUUGUACGGACGCACUGGUUAUAACUACAUCUUCUCAGGGGGCAGUGAUGACACGUGGACAGAGUCAGAGGAGGUUCCAGAGGAUGACAGUACAGUCAGGAAUGGGGACUCCCAGCUCUUUGACAAGGUCCGAGGCCAUGAUAUUAAGCUGCUGCGUUACCUCUCAGUUCGAUACAUCUGUGACCUGAUGGUGGAGAACAAGAAGGUUAAGUUUGGCCUAAAUGUAACAUCCUCUGAGAAGGUGGACAAGGCCCAACGCUAUGCAGACUUUACCUUGAUCUCUGUGCCUUAUCCAGGGUGUGAGUUUUUUAAGGACUACAAAGACAGAGACUACACAGCAGAGGGCCUGGUGUUCAACUGGAAUCAGGACUAUGUAGAUGCUCCUUUGACAAUCCCGGUGUGCUUUACUCAGAACUUGAACAUUGACUGGACUCAUUACCAGUCGUGGGACCUGGUAGAGCAGACCCAGAACUACCUGAAGCUGCUGCUCCACAUCAUCAACAGUGAUGAUGAGAGCGGUCUCCUGGUGCACUGCAUAUCAGGCUGGGACCGGACACCUCUUUUUGUGUCCCUCCUCAGGCUUUCUCUUUGGGCAGAUGGCGUGGUGCAUGUCAACCUGGAGCCGGCUGAGAUCCUGUAUCUGACCAUCGCUUAUGACUGGUUCCUCUUCGGUCACAUGCUGCCAGAUCGACUCUCGAAAGGGGAGGAGAUUUUCUUUUUUUGCUUCAAUUUUUUGAAGCACAUCAUCUCAGAGAAGUUCUCUGUGGUUAAGAAACAGAGAAGGAAAAACUCUCACUUCAAAGACUGUGAUUUUCCUGUGGAAGACCUCUGCCUGUUGAACCUGAGGGAUCGUGGCAGCGUGACCAGUCUGAGCAGCGAGUUUUCCCUUAUCACUGAGGAGGUGGGCGGCGCCACCAGCCUCUCUGACACUGUGGACCUGUUGUCCAGCCAACCCCAGGCCUCCAGCUGGAGGAAAGGCACCACUUCCUCCCCUCCAAUGGUUGUUUGGAAUAAGCAGAACCUUCUGGACGACCACAUCUCCCAUCCACUCAAUGAGGCUAGAUCUUCCAGCUCCUCCUCCUCUAACCAAUCAGAGCAUGCUGUUAUACGCACUGGCAGCAGCCCAUUGGCUGUCCCCGGGAGGGGGUUAGCUGCAGACUACACUCGGUCAGGUUCCUCACUCUCCACAGAAUAUGGGAGUUGGCAGAUAGUUUCUGGUUGUGGUAGCAUCCAUGACCACUCUCCCUUCCCUCCACCUAUGGCCUCAGCUUCCUCCACCUCAUUUGCUGUCGCUUCUGCCUAUGACUCCCCCCUGCCCUUUAGUUUUCAGGAUGAAGGACCCAAUGGACGAAUGUGUCCCUUCCCCUCUGAGCGUCAGGUCCGUCUGGAAGCAGUGCGGGAAGUCUUCCUGGCAGCCUACAGCUCCACCGUGGGCCUCAAGUCCUCUGCGCACAGCCCCUCUGGUGCCAUCUCCGGUCUGCUGGAACAGUUCGCCCGUGGGGUCGGUCUCCGGGGCACCAACGCUAUCGUCUGAACCCUCUCAUUGUAACACCAGACCCUCUUUCUGCUUCCAUCCUUCCACGGUUGAUCGGACAUGCCUGGACUCAGUACAAUAAAGUGCCAAAUAUCUCUGUUCAAUUCAGGGUUGAAGCAUUACUUUUUUAAACUGAAUUUUCUUUGAUUUUAUAUGCCCUGGAUUUUUUCUUCCCCCCCCCUCGUGCUGCUCCAGCUUUUCUUGGGACUUUUAAUCCUCCAUGUUGGGUUCACCUGUCACAGUCAGUGAGGGAAAUGUUUUUAGCCACAGUAUCAAAAAGAGAGAGUGAGAAGGCUUUUUAGCUGCUGAAAUGGAAAUGGCUUAGAAUACGGGGUCUGUACUUGUUACAUAUAGAAUAUGAAGAAUUCUUCCUUCCUAUGUUCUUCCUUAAUUUUUUCAUAAUUUUUUUUUUUUAAAGAAGAGUCCUUGCAGUGACCAUCCCCUGUACAGGAAGCAAUAUGGUUUUAGUUCCCUUGUUUUAUUUUGUGGAUGUUAAGGGUCAGAUAAACAGAAUUGGCACAAAGCUUUGUUGCUUUCUAAUUUUGCACAGUAGACUGAAUUCAGAUACUGUGUUCAGGUUUAGACUUUACAGCUUUGGGUGUGGGGGAUCACUUAAUUAGUAAUAUAAUAUUUAAACACCAUAUGUACACUCAGAGUUGUUGGUCACUGUAACCAUUACUCCUAAUCAUUACUCGAGUCCACAAAGAGAGAUUUUCAUAGCAUGACUACACUGUAGGAGAUGGGGGAUGAAAUUCACAGUCUUUGUUCUGUGCAAAAAUUCAUUCUACAGUUCAGCUGAAGCUAAUAAGAGGCUUCAGAACAACAGCAGAGACAAAGCAUCACUUCCAGCAGCUUAAAGGCAGAGUAAAAAUAGCACAGAUGCUCUGCUGUACCUGUGGGAUGAUUCCUCCUGAGAAAUGAUUCUUUUCUAAACCAGAUCCAACUUCAAUACAAUUACAAAGAUUGAAUGAACAGUCCAAUCUCCCCUUAGAGAUAUUAAGAGGCAGGGGUAGAGCUGUGAUCAGACAGAAGAUUGGUGAGUUCUCUCUCUCUCUGUCUAUAGAUGAUAAAUAUGAUUGGCAAGGAUGUGAAGUGACAGGAUUAGCAGAUGUGUGGUUAUGUUGGUGAUGGUGUGAUUUGCAAUAAAAGGUCACAUUCAGAGCUCUUCAGAGUACAUAACAUUAAGAAAGAGUCAAAAACCACAGCCUGCUGCAUGACUCAUUUAUGAUGAUCAAAUUAGUGACCUGAUUAGAAACUCUGGGCCAAGGUCCCCACUGGGGUAAAGGUUCCAUAGGCUUGAAAUAAACUAACUUGUGGAGCUUGUCAUCUGGCCACUUCUGAAGGCUAAAGUGAUUAGAGCUGUUCCCAAUAGAAUCAUUUGAAGGUGGGAUGAAAAGCAUGUGGUCACAGAUAGUUGUUGUGGAAGCUGUUCCUAUUGUGUGUGCUUGUUUGCACACACAAAGUAACAUGUAGUGUUAAUGAAAUAUAAAAGCUUGACAGUGAGGUUGAAACUCAGCCCAUUUUCUCAUGUUUGGACACUUGGCCAACUACUGCAUGAAGUGGGCGCGCCUGUCAGUUUCAGAAAGUUAUUUAAAAAAAGUCUGUGGGAGGAGUGGGUUUCAUACACUGUUCAUUGAUCAGACAAGUACUUAAAGCAUACUGCAUUCCUAAAGCCUGUGUGCUUCCAUCAUAGUAUACAAUCUAGCUUGUACAAUAUUUGAUCCAGUCAGAACCUAAAGGCUUAAAGUGUUUUGGGGUGUUCAAGAUGGCCACACUUCAAGGUUUGCUGUCAUAGAAAGGGGCAAAUUGCAGUCCUAAUAAUAACAGCGUGUGAAUGCUGAUCAGAUCACUGAAUAUGAUGUAACACAUUUCAGACUCGGGAUGUACCCCUUGGUCACAGAUAGUCAGUGACCUGCAGCUCUUGAAACAUUACAUAUGGCAUUUGAAAGUAGUACUGAUCAUCAGACAUAUACAAGGAGGUGCCCCUCAAUAGCCUCAUAAGUUUUCAUAAAUCAAAGAGAUGAUGUGCCAAACAUGUUCGAGCAAUCUUUUCAGCUUGCCACUUUAUUUUCUCCAUAUUCUCUAGGUGAUCCCAUAUCAAGUUAUUUCUUCUUGUUUAUAGUUGUUCACACAUGUUAGCACAAGAUACACUCAGCAUUGUAGUAGCAAAUCUAGUAACUGAAGGCCUUUCCAAUGUUCUUUCUUGUUGGACUCAAUUGUAAGGUCCACUUGAUUCCUGCCCAGCCAAUGUCACGCCUGCAUGUUGUUUCAGAAAUGGGUGCCUUCUUCCAGAUUGCACUCAGAUGUUUCUAACUGGGCUACUAAGAAAUGUUCUGGAGAGAAUUCUGUUGAGAUUGUUGGUGUUGCCAAGACGUUGUGACAGCUGCUGUACCUCAGGACCUUUUUUGUUGUGCCUUUGUUAUCGUCAGUAACACUGGAUCAAAUCUCUACUUCAUCUGGUCCAGUUUCAAGAGCAUUUUCUGUUAAACGUUUUAGCAACUUGGAGGGUUUGCAGCUUAUUUUUAAUGAAUGUUUUGCCUGUGGAGCAUUAGCAAUGUUAGCUUUCCAAGAUUGCUUUUUGGGUUUUUAAUCACACUCUUGAUUAGAAAAUAAGAAAAGUCUCUGUAGUUGUACAGUAUCAUAAAGCUCUUGAGUCUUACACACACUCUUGAUAAGGUUGAUGAGGUGGGAUUUCAGUCAGGGAAUGAGACGCAGAGUUUUUCAUCUCUGCUUUUGAAAACGACUGCAUCCGAAGAUUAUUUGAUCGAGUUAAGGUAUACUGUAAUUCUAGUAGAAAUUUUAGGAAAUGAAUGAGUAAGAUAAGAAGAUUGACUCUAAUAUCAUGUCUGUGUGUUAGGGACAGGGCUACAGUCAGGACGUGUUUAGCACAGAUUAGCAUAAUGGUGGAAAGAGCUAGCUUGGCUCCUUUUAAAGUUCAAAAAUAUGCUCUCAUUAAUUAACAUGUAUUUAAUUUGUUGAAAGCAGAAAUAUAAAACCAACAAUUUUAAGGUGAAGUUACUUGGUGUAACUGUUUCUUAACAAAGAGAGGUUUGUCUGUUAGCCCAGUAGUUCUGAGGCAGCACCGCUGUUUUUUAAAAUUUCUGUUUAAGUAUGGGCUAAACGAAUUUCAUGUUAGGUUAUUUACUUAAAUAACCUCUUUGGCAACAGCAAUAGAAAUAAAAGUACUAGAAUUAAGUUAACAAAGCGAAUGUUUCCAAAUGUCCAGUGAUGUUUGUCAGCUGAGUUGGUGUUAAAGGAGUUACGUUAGUAGGUGUAACUUCUGACAGAGCCAGGCUAGUGGUUUCCCCUUGCCUCCAGUCUCUACUAACUCCUGGCCCCUACUCUGUUCUUAACGUACAUACUGUAGCAGAUGCUACGCAGACAUAAGAGUCAACUUUAGCAUCUCACUCUUAGAAACUAAAAGCAUAAUUCCAAAAAUGUUCCUUUCUUUAACUGGUAGAUUUUGGUCUUCUGCUGGUCUCUAAGCCAACUUUUACUUUCUUAAUGCCAGAAAACAUGUUUGUUAGAGCUGUUUUAAGCCAUGUGAGUUUUCCUCUCAUUGCAGUUAAAAGCAAUGUAUAUUAUUUAUGACUGCAUGUAUCAGUUCUUUGUACAGACUGUCAACUAGGACAGUAGAGCGAUCUUUUCCAGCUUUAAGUGAGACUAGUCAUGCCUUCCGGCUUUCUUGCAGAGUUCUUAAUCAGUCAGGGUUUCUUAUGCUUUUUAAAAUCUUUUCCACUAUCUGUCUGCAGCGGGGAAGCGGCCAAUCACAAGACACACAUAUACAUUGUCAUUUUGCAAUGGCUGAAAAUGGUUAUUGUAAGAAACAGAUCUAAUCCUGAAUCACUUAAAAUAGUCCCCAAAUGAUUUUCUCACUUUGUCACUUUUUUUUACUCACUGGGUUUGCAUCACAUGCUCCAAAUUUAUCUUGGUUGUGAAAUACAACGGCUUUGUUUGUUUUACACAGUACUUUUUAUUCCAGAUGUGCUGCAUUGCACCCAUCUUGAUGUUCUCUGUGUAAAGAGCUAUGUACUGUUGAUGUAUUUGAGGUCAUUUUUUUGCAGGGGGGAGAUAAAUUGCUGUUAAUUGUUGGCAGAUGACGGGCUACAAUGAAAGGUGAACUGAGCAACAGGUGACAAUUGUCAAUAAAGAAAAAUUUUGUGACUUUU